UCUGCUGCCGCGUUGUGCAUCCAAGUUGGAUGCUUGUCGGAUCCAGUCGAAGCACAGGGUCUUUCACAUUUCCUGGAACAUAUGGUCUUCAUGGGCAGUAAGAAAUAUCCCACAGAGAAUGAUUUUGAUGCAUACCUGAGCAAACGUGGUGGAACGUCAAACGCGUGGACUGGAUUGGAGUAUACUCUAUUUCACUUUGAUGUGAAGCGGAAACAUUUUGCCAAAUGUUUGGAUCGUUUCGCUCAAUUCUUUAUCGCACCGCUGCUGGAAUCCAGUAGCACAGACCGUGAACUGUCUGCUGUGCAUAGCGAAUUCGAGUUGGCCAAUGCAAGAGAUUCCAGUCGUCUCCAGUUCUUUCUGGGCACAUUGUCCUCGGAAGGCUCUCCAUUUCGGAUUUUCGGUUAUGGUAACAUUAAAUCUUUACGAGAAAUUCCCGAACAGAAUGGUACCGAUAUCCAGUCGCUGUUACGCAAACAUCGGGAACAAUCGUACUCAUCUCAACGCAUGACACUUGCGUUGCAUUCCAAAGACACGUUGGACAAUUUGGAGAAGUUAGCUCGUGAUCUGUUCUCAGGUGUACCCAACAGUGGUGUAAAUCCUCCGGAUUUCACUCUUUACAAAGAUCCUUUCAACAAUCCAUCAUUUAACAAAAUUUAUAAAGUAUGCCCUCUCGGGGAUCGGGAAAAAUUGCGUAUUGUUUGGUCUCUACCGUCGUUAAAGGACAAAUAUGAGUACGUGUUCUCAUUUCGCCCCCCCCCAUCCACGCCAAUGGGCAUUAUUUCCUCCCUUCUUGGUCACGAAGGUCAGGGGAGUGCAUUGGCAUUGUUGAAAGAAAAAAAUUUGGCGGUCUCGCUUGCCUGUGGCGUAACUCCUACAUCGGACACGGAGAACUCCAGUCUUUGUACCGUGUUCGUGGUCUACAUCACACUCACAGAUCUCGGACGAGAUAAUGUGUCUGACGUCUGUCUCAUCGUGUUCGAUUACAUGAAAAUGUUACUCCAGUCUGCAAUCGCUAGUCAACAACACAUGCCUGAAUCCACGGCGAAUGGGGCAUUGCCCAAUAAUCACGUGCAGGACAAUCCAGGUGCAUCAGUCGAUACGGAACGUGAGGUGCACACAUUUCGCUCGUAUCUGCCCGAAUAUCAGUCCACACGAAAAGCGGCAUUCCUGUACGACGAGCCUCAGGAACCGGAAGACACUGUAGUCCAUGUGGCAAAUAUGAUGCAACUCGUCCCACCAGAAUGUGUAUUUUCUGGCUAUAGUUUGCUCAAGCAUAUCGAUUUGUCGGUAAGUUAG